AAGUUGAACUCUAAAAAUAGCCGCUAUGUGCCUACUGCUGCGAUUUUCAAAAAUAGAACUUUACGUGUUAUCAACGUAGAAAUAAUUUUACAGUCUAAAAUUUGUCUAAAUAUUGAAAAUUAUUUGAUUCUAGAUUUAGUUGGGAUCUAUUUUUGUUCAAAUUUAUAAUGUGGAAAAGUUGGAACCCGUUUAAAAGGAAACAGAAAGAAGAUAAUGAUACAAAUAAUGUUAAUGGACAAAGUGGUAAAGAAAACGUCAAUGGGUUGAACAUCAUUGAAGACAAUCUCGACACGGGCAAGGUGCGAGUGCUUGACAAUGACAAAAAUCCUAACUUUCAAAAUGAGCAUCAACAUGCUAGAUCAAGGUAUGAUGAUUUGGAUGGCAGAAGCCAUGAAUCUCAAAAUUACAAUGGAAUUGGAUUAAACCAAAAUUCAUCUGUGACUAAUAAACUCCAGGUCCAAGAAAAUGAUCUGAAUUUGCUGAGGUCUCCUUUGCGACUUAGUUCAAAGAAUAGGUCGGCUGCAGGGUUAUCUAAACAGCACAAUGAAUCAAAUGAUACAUUAAAUAACGGAACAUUUUCAAAAUCUUCAGAGGAAUGUAACAAAAGUUUUAGUGGUGUUCAUGGCCCUUUGUUGUCUUGUUCCCCCAUCGUUCCGCAAGUUAGACGAACAAUAGAAGAAAAUAUGGGACUGAGAAGUCCACAGUCUUCCAAAUCUCAAACUGGUAAACAAGUGGCCCGGUCAUUGAGUUUGAAAUAUUCAUCCCCUAACCCUACAAAGUCUACUGCUGGACAGCUACCUUGGGUUCGGCUAAAAAGGAGAGGCAGUAUAGGACUAAAUGAUUUAGUGAGUGGCAAUAUUCCACUUAGUCCAAACACUGUGAAGUUGGCUAUACCUGAGCUUAGACACUUGCCAUCAGCACCAAGUUUCAAGAGCACUCCAUUGAUUGUCACUACUGAAGCAAGUAGGCCCUGUGUCGUGGACACACAGACUGUGGUGUCUGCCUUAAGAGAAAAAAGGAAGAGGUUUGGUCAGACUCAGCAUGAAGAAACUUUAAGUGAAGAUUCUUGGCAAAGUUCUGCAAAAAGACGGCGUCAAGAUAGCAGCCAAUCAAAUGCUUCUUCAGUUUCCAUGCCACCUAUGCCAGAGACUUUACCUAAUCUCAUCGGCACCCCAAGCUCAUCUCUUCUCCAUAUUGAAAAUUUGUCAGACCAGCGCCCAUCCACCGUACCUGCCAUUGAUGCUUUUAUCAGCCAUCACCAAAGAAUAAUUGGCCUUGGCGGGCCUGGAGCCUCGGUUCAGCCUCAGCAGUUUUACCCUAGCCAGCAGCCUCAGCCUGCAUCAAGAAAUGUUAAUAACAGUAAGACAGUGUAUAUGUCAAUACAGUCCUCACUGAGUUCCAGUCAGAGAUUGAUGUCUAACUUGUCAGCACUCCAGCAGCAUGGAAUAGAUCACAAGAGACUUCGAGGAUUAUCACAAUCUUCAGACUCUCCUAGGAAGGCACUGUUCACAUCCGACCAAUCUAUCUGUGCUAAUAGUUCAUCAGAUUCAAGGCCUGCUAGUACAAACCAAGGAACUAUAACCACCACAGCAUCGUCUACUUCAACAACUCAGACAGUCACCAACUCUGACUCUAUAACAGUUUCUGCAGCUGAUACACAAUUCAGCACAGCUAGCAGAGAAAUAGCCCAAGGUGUUGUCUUGAGGAGGCGUGACCUGACCAUCACACCCACAGCUCAGUCAGUUCCCCCACUGAAGACUUCACAUGGCAAUCUCCUUGUUAGUGCCAGUGACUUUGAGAUGGACAGAAAGAGAGAGUACAAGAGGAGAGUCUUGGAUCUUUUGGGGGCGGAGGAAAAUGAGGAAGAAAAAGAUGUUACAUCGUUGAAUUCAGUGCUGCCAACUCUACCUAAUUUUAGCCAGGCCUCUGCAGCCACAUCUGUUUCCAUCAGUGCAAGCCUGGACAGCCUUAACAAAUUGGGACAAUCUACCACACUUGUACAGCCCAGCCAACCCAGUUCUUCCACAGCCAACUCAUUGUCUGAGCUUCUUAAAUCUAAUGAAGAUACCUCUACUUCACAGCCGUCUGUAGCUAUUUCCAACCCUGGGUCAGGUCUUUCCUUGACUGGUAAUCCUGUACAGAACCCCAGUUCAGCUCAACCUUUAACAAACAACCCACUGCAGUCAUCCUCAGCUUUACCUGUGACAGUUGGCGGGUUUAACUUUACAACAGGUACCCCAGCCAAUUCUUCGUCAAACCCUGGAGGCUUCAGUUUUGGGCUACAGACAAACACUGCAGAUAAACCUAAGGAUAAGCCGGCACCAGCUUCCAGUGCUGGUUUUACUUUUGGUGUUAGUACAUCUGUCCCCUCUAGCACUACUGGCAGUUCAAUAGCGACCACAACAGGGUUUAACUUUGCUGCACCUCCUGCCACAGCUGCCCCCUUGACCGGGAUCAAUUUUGGGACAUCUAUUUCUCCGGCCGGCACAAGUGCUUUAUCAGUCAUAUCAGCCCAGGAAAGUAAAGGAAUCACCACUGCUCCUGCUCAAGUUCCUUUCAAUUUUCAGACACAGCCAGUUUCAUCUACUAGCCAAGGCUUUAGCACUUCAACUAGUAGUGGUUCAGCUGCAGGAUUGAACCAAACUAAUACAUCAGCCCUAAAGAUGCCAGGUUUUGAUAUAAACCCCACCUCUAGCCAGACUCCUGUAUCCAGUCAACAGUCUACUGUAAGCAAAGUCUCUGGAAUAGGAGGAUUUACUUUUGGUGCAAUAGGCAAUACUUCCCAGCCAUCUGCUACAGUGUUUGGUAGCCUCGGAACAGUAGCUGCUAGUGCAGCUAACUCUGAGAUUAAAACUUCAGCAGUUCCAGUAGCAUCAAGCCAAUCUGCAUUCAAUCCAAGCAGCAUAACAUUUGGAACGUUACCAAAUCUCACCACCACGACUGCGCCAGUAAAUUUUGGGCAAUCCGUGUCUACAUCAGGGCUUGGCUCUCUCAGUUCGGGGCAGGCUAUUGGAUCUUCCCCAUUCACAUUUGGAGCAUCAGCUGGGAACUCAGCUUCGACCUUUGGACAAACCACUACAACAACUGCGUCCACAGCAUCACCAUUUACUCUUGGGCAGACUGCCCCCGCUUCGUCAAGCACCACACCAACAUUUAAUUUUGGAACAACUAACAUUGCAGCAGGAUCAGGAACAUCAUCAAUAGGUUUUGGGCAAACGGCUACUUCCAGUUCUACACCAUUCAGCUUUGGUCAACCUCCAGCCACUACAUCAAGUUCAAGCUCUGCAUCAUUAGGGUUUGGUCAAGCAACUACAGCUAGUGGGCUUUCAAUUUCUUUUGGACAAACGCCACCUACCAACGUUAGCACCACUUCCUUUAAUUUUGGACAGACUGCAUCCACAAAUGUAAGCACAGCUCCAUUCAGUUUUGGCCAGGGGGCGCCUGUUACAAGCACAAAUGCUGCACCAUUCGGACAAAGCACAACCACUACAGCAGCGCCUUCAUUUAAUUUUGGGCAGGUAGGAUCAAGCACUACUGUGGCUUCUUUAAAUUUUAGUCAACAGGCGACUUCAACUCAAGCAACUGGUGCUUCACCUUUUGGCUUUGGUUCAAUGGCACCUACUAGUACAACUAGUACAAUUAACUUUGGGCAGGCAUCAAACCCAUCAAUUAGUUCCACUGCUCCUUUUGGUUUUGGCCAGGGGGCUGCAGUGACAACAGCUAAUUCAUCGUUUACUUUUGGGCAGGCUGCUAAGACCUCUGCUACCACACCUUUCUCAUUGGGUGCAUCUUCAACACAACCAAGUGCUAGUGUUUUUGGUUCCACGCCAGUGGCUAGCACUGCUGGUAGUUCUGUAUUUGGUAGUACCAAUACCCUGGCACCUGCUAGCUCCUCUGUUUUUGGCAGUGUAAACCAAGGAUUUAGUAAUACUACCAAUUUUGGAAACUCAAUAGGUUUUGGAAAUGCACCUUCAUCUUUUGGCGGUUCUGGUACUCAAAGCCUUAAUCCUGUAGUUUCAUCAACUCCAUUUGGUUUUUCUGCUGCAUCAACUGCAGCACCUGUGUUUGGUUCUAAUAUAACUCCUGCCAAUACUUUUGGUACUUCCUCUACUGGUAGCUCCAUUUUUGGCACAUCUGCAGCUAACAAACCAUUUUCCUUUAGUGCAACGCCUGCAAGCACUUCCUCUACACCUUUGUUUGGCUCAGCUACCACCACUGUUUCGUUUGGUGCUACGGCACCUGGAAUAUCCAUCUUUGGGGCCAAGCCAGCAGCCAGUGGAGCUGUUUUUGGUGCCACAACUACCACAACAGCCUCUUCCACUUUUGGCUCGAUCACCUCCUCUGGUUUUGGGGGAACAGCAGCACAGCCACCUUCCUUUGGUGGGUCUGGCUCAACAUUUGGUAAUGCACAACAAAGCUCUAUCUUUGGACAAUCUGGCCUCAACCAGCCUCCAGCAUUUGGUGCUCCUAGUAGUGGCUUUGGAACAACCAACCCUCCCGCUGUAUUUGGAGCCCCAGCUACACAACCAUCUUUCAAUUUUACUGGGCAGUCACAACCAGCCAAUUCUUUUGGCAACCAGACAUCUAGCAUAUCCACUGGUGGAUUUAACUUUAGCCAGCCCCCAGCACAGCCAGCCAACAGCUCAGGAUUCAACUUCUCUGCUCAAACGUCUGCUAGGCCAAGUUUUCCUACACCAACUCCUGGUUCGUUUAAUUUUAGUGCUAUGCCUUCUCCUGGAGCUUUUAAUUUUAAUACUGCACCAGCCACACCACAGAUGCCAAGCAGACCUCGUGUUGCUGCCCGACGACCUACAAGACGAGGUGGAGCACGCCGUUAAAGUUUGCAGUUUUAUCUACUUCUGGUGGUUGAACGAUUUCUCUGGGUUAUGUUUUUGUGCUUAUUUGAAUAACUGUAAUAGCAUGGUAGCAAAUGAUUUUUUCAAUCAACCCUCGACCCAAAACACUGUGUCUACAUGUUCAAACCAAAGAAGCCUAUUCUUAUUUUUCUUAGGCUUGCCAUUGUUUUGUUUUUAAAUUUGAAAUAGGUCAAUGAUUGUUUAUCCUAAACUUAUUUUGAUUUUACAAAGUAUUGAAAAGAUAAGGAAAUGUAACCAUUUUCAUAAUGAGCAAUUUUUAGCUCGUCUAUUAAUAGUCAACAAUAUGAUUGAGUGUAUCUUGACUAUUAGGUAUUAAUAUUUUGUAGAUAAUGAGACAUUAUCUAAGAUAAUUAGAAGUAAGUGUGAAGAAAAUUAUAUGGCUUAGCAGACUUUUGAAAUUGUCAUAAUUGAUACAGAUGUCAUUUUAGAUAAGAAAUUGAUAAAUGCUUGACUGACCUUUUCAUUUGAGUUCUAUGUGAUGAGUUUAGUUAUGUGUAACAUGGAACUUACUGGAUUUAAGUAAACAAAACAUUUAUAUACUAUGUAUGUCUGUUAUCAGCUGUCUUCGUACCAAUUGUUGGCUUGUAAACUAAUUUUAAUCCACAAGUAAUCAUGUGUACACAUAUUGAUUUAUCCCUGUUUGUUCCAACCUCAGUAGGUGAAAAAUUAAAUGAAAUGUCAAAAAAAAAGAAUUUUGCACAGAAACUGCAAUAAAUAUAUUUGUUAUUAAAAGAACGUAGGUAUUUGUUCAUAGGCAUUGUACUCUGGACAUUAAAUAAAUGACUAAUCUUAUCAUACAUAGAAUAUAGUACCAUUUAUACUGCAGAGAAUAAAUGCUUUUAUUUAAAUUUUAAAGGCUUGUCACUGUAGAAAUUUAGCUUAAAAAUGGGUGCAUAAAUUGUCUUGUACUGCAAAAGUAUUUAUUUUGUUGAGUGUACUAAUGGAAUAUUUUUAACCAAGUUUCAUAUCACACAUUUGUAAAAAGAAUCUUUAAGGAAGGAAAAGGAAUCCAGCAGAGGAGGUUGGAGGCUAUGUGUGGUCUUAACAUUAUUUGAUUUAAAAGCUUGAUUUAAAAGCAGCUUCCUUGGCUCCAGAAUAUAUGUAUAAAACAUCUAAUCUACUAGUGUUUCCAUUAUCAGCCUUGUUUGUAUAGGCUUAAGAAAGUUUUCAAAAUGUUAACAAAUCUUAAAGUUCUAGAUAUUAGGAUAAAUGUAUGCUUCUUUUUUUAAAUUUUUCUUUUACAUCCUGUACAAAUUUGAUAUAUAUUUACAGUUUUCCAAAUAAAACUUUCCAUCUAAACUGACA